CAGCAUCUCUGCUUGUGACACCACUCACAGGGAGUACUGUGAACACUCGAUUCAUAGCUAUGUUUAUCAAUAUUUCCUGCUUCCAUGAGAAUUUGCUAAUUUGGUAUGUUUAAUUUCCACGAGUCAGACUAUCUAUGGGGUGAUGCAUUAACUUUUUAAUCGUGUAAUGGGGUUGCUGGAUAAACUGUCAGGCUGGCUCGGCCUGAGGAAGAAAGAGGUCAACAUUUUGUGUUUGGGACUGGACAACAGCGGCAAAACUACCAUCAUCAACCAACUCAAGCCCUCUAAUACGCAGGGUCAGGAAAUAGUUCCAACAAUUGGCUUCAACAUUGAAAAGUUCAAGAGUUCAAGCCUGUCUUUUACAGUGUUUGAUAUGUCUGGGCAGACCAGAUAUAGAAACCUAUGGGAGCAUUACUACAAAGAAAGCCAUGCCAUCAUAUUUGUCAUUGACAGCAAUGACAAACUGAGAAUGGUUGUUGCCAAAGAGGAGCUCAAUAUUCUUCUCAACCAUGAAGAUAUCUGCUGCAAAAAGGUCCCAGUAUUAUUCUUCGCAAACAAGAUGGAUCUGCGGGACGCCAUGUCUACUGUCAAAGUCUCACAGAUGUUGUGUUUGGAGAACAUCAAAGACAAGCCCUGGCACAUCUGUGCCAGCAAUGCCAUCAAAGGAGAAGGCCUACAGGAAGGAUUGGAGUGGCUACAAGAACAACUUGGACAAUCAUAUCAAAACAAUGAGCAGAUCAAUGACUAAAAAGAAGAAGCCUGUGACCACGGGAUGCCACGUGGUCGUGAUAACUGGAUCUCAUUCACCACUUUGAGUAUUCAUCAUACUUGAUGUUGUAGGCCUUAAACUUCAAUGUCAAAUAGUCUAGUAUUUCUCAUGCUCAUAAUAUAAUUUGUAUAUGAAUACCGUGAAGUGAUAUUUAAAGCAGAAACCACAAAUAGUUGUACGUUAUUACUGACACAAAUGUGAAUGCAGUCUGAAUAAAAUGCUGUUUUUUUUAUUCCAUAAGAAGCUUCAAUUUAUUAAUCAACUGAACUGAACUUUUUUUUUAAACGCUGUUGCUGCUGAAUAUUGUGCUA